AAAUUUGAAUGUUUCUUUGAUUUGUUUACUUGUUUGUCUCACUGUUGGGUUUGAAUCUUGAACCAUCUGAAAAUUUAAAUUACAAAAUAUAGGAGUUUGAAUUUUUGAUUCGUUUAUUCAAAGUGGUCAGAAUUUCAACCAUCAACAGUUGAUUUUAUUGAUUUAAAUAGAGAACAAACUCUGCGUAUCCAUUUUAAUUUAAAAAAGUUUCGUAAUUUGCUAUCUAUUUAAAAUGGAAGGUGCGUAUAAAGACAAAUAUUCAUUUAUCGGGGAAUGGUACGACAAUCAGGCCAGCCUGAUCCGCCGGUUCAACGUUUUCUACUACCCUACUGACGACACUGUAGAGAUGUAUGACCUCAAGAAUCGAAAGACAUUCCUGCGAAGAGUUAAAGUGACUGGCGUUACUCUAGACAAUUUUUUCAUUGGAUCAACUUUACCCAUUUUAGGGCGAUUAGUAAAAAUUGUUGACUUUGCAUGUGAAGACACAAGAAAUAAAUUGCACAAGGAUGUACAAAUAACAUUUGCAAUGAUUAAACCAAUGCCUACCCACAUAGCAGGCAAGAUUAUAACACAUCUUCAUGAAAAAGGUAUGAAAAUAACUAAAAUGAAGAAAACAAACUUGACAGUUGAUGAUAUAAACUUUAUAUACAGACAACAACUGACAGAUGCAACUUUCCCCUUCCUCCUCGAUCAUCUAACUGGACAGCCAGUGCUUUGUUUGGAACUUGUAGGUAAAGAAUCCGUAACUGCCUGCGUGAAAAUCCUUGGAGAUAGGGAUCCACUGAAAGCUGAACCAGGCACUAUUAGAGCAUUGUAUGGAACUGAUUCUGUAAGAAAUUGUGCACAUGUCUCCCCCAAUGCUGAGGCUGCAAUAGAGGAUCUAGAGUAUGUGUUUCCACCGCCUCCUUUAUCGUCCAUUCGGCUUCGGUUGACAGCUACUCUAUCCAACUGCUCCCUGUGUAUAGUGAAGCCACACGCCGUGCGCGAGGGCAAGCUGGGAGCGGCCUUGGAGGCCAUUGACGAGGGAGGCUUCCAUGUUACCGCGUUAAAUAUGUUCAUUGUUGAGAAUAUUAACGCUGCCGAAUUCUAUGAAGUGUACAAAGGCAUUGUCCAGGAAUACCAGGGCAUGGUGGAAGAGUUGUCGAGCGGUCUUUGCGUAGCCAUGGAGGUGGUUGCUAAAGACAAGAAUGUGAACACGGCUGUAGAAUUCAGGAAGCUGGUCGGCCCUUCAGACCCGGAAAUCGCCAGGUUACUACGCCCCCACACCUUGAGAGCUAAGCUAGGAAAAACGAAAGUUCAGAACGCAAUACAUUGCAGUGACUUAGCCGAGGAUGGUUUGCUAGAAGUAGAAUAUUUCUUCAAGAUUUUAAAUCUUUAAAGGCUGAUUACUUAAUUCUUCUAUUGUGGAUGGAUAUGUGAGUAAAGGAGAUCACACAAUACCUGCAGUAAGCACAAAGAGCUGUUUGAUCCGAAACAGAGUUCUACAUUAGGCUGGUAUUUGUCUGAAAUAUAUAUGCAUUGCUAAAACCUGCAUUAAUCAUUACUACAAUCGCAAUAAUUGUUGUGAUUGGCUGAAUUUAUAGUAUUCUUAUUACAACAAUGCAUUGAAGCUCAAAGUGAGCGAGCGUCAACAUAAGAAAAAAAUACCAUAAACACCUCUAAAUACCGUAAAUAUAAAUAUCCUACCAAGAUAGCAUAAAUUCAGCUAAUCAGAACAAUUGCGAUUGUGAUAAUGAUUGAUACAAGUUUUCCGGACUGCAGAAUUUCCUUCUAAGUAAAUAAUACCUACAUUAAUUUAUUUUCAAGGUUUGAAUGAUCUUUCUAUUGUCUUUAGGUAUAAGUAUUUGGAGAAUACUUCUCUGAGUAGGUAAGUUUUAUUCGCUGGUCGAUGGAAAACUUUUUAUAUAAAAAAACUUUGCCAAAAUGGUACAUGAAUUCCUAACUUAUUAAAUACUAGAUAAUGCCCACGCUUCAUCCGCAGAUUUUGGUUUUAAAAAUUCCGUGGGAACUUUUUGAUUUGCCGGGAUAAAAAGCCUAUAUCCUUCCCCAAGAUUUAAGCUAUCUCUGUACUCGUCAAAAUCGGUUAAAUGGAUGGGCCAUGAAAAGCUAGCAGAUGACAGACAGACUUUCGCAUUUAUAAUAUUAGUAAAGCUUACCCUUCUUGAGCAGUAGGUUCAUGUCAAAGUGUGAAAAUUCUUAUGAAAGUGUUUUUACCUACACUUCAAGGAAACUUUCUUUUUGGAAAGUGUGAAUAAUUGAAGCUAAUGAAGCCGAAGAAGUAAUAUUUUGAGUCUAGUUUCACGUCCUUUCGUUUGUGCAUUGUAUAACAAAUAGUAAACAAUGUGUGGAUGUCUUGCUGUGCAGUUAACGUCGCACUUUGCAAUAUGUGUCUAGGCCAGGGGACGACGGCAAGAAAUUUUAAGUGGAGCUCGGAUUCUGUUGAAAAAUUGCCGCCCGCUGGUCUAAGCCUUAAUACCUAUUUUCAGAUAUUAUGUCAUGUAAACAAUCUUUACUCGAAGGUAAUAUAUUUAAAGAAGAAGAAUAUACCUACAUAUUUUAUAAUUUUUAUGAUAGUGUUUGAUUUUUAUGAUAGCACUAUCAUAAAAAUUAUAAAAUAGUAAGAGAGCAUUGUCAUUUGUUGUUCAAAGAACAGCCAUAUUGUAAUAAUUGGGGUCUUUGAAAGUAGUUUCGAUAAAUGCACGGUGCCGGUACUAGAUGGCAUUAACAGUCGCUUCAGUACCGAGUGAACGUAUCUCGAAUUUCGGCACUGGCAACAAAGUGAACCGUGGCUUUAGCACUCAAGGCGUUGGGCGCGAAUCCCAGACAACGAGACGCAGGUUUCAAUUCUGCCGGUUCCGCAAGUUUUGAUAUGUACAUAAUGUACUCAAAAAUUAUUUAGAAUAAUCCAUAAUUAUUGUAAUAGGUAUACAGUACUUACUGCUGGAUUUUUGUAUCAUAUGUUUUUUCUGGUUCAGGCACCAAGUGCUUUUUUUCACGAUUUGAAAGAUGUUUUAUAAUAAUUUGCACAAAGUCUAACCAUAGUCAUCGAUCGAUUUUGUUCGCCUAAAGUUACGUUUUUAUAAAAUUAAAGACUGGUCAAAUUUUAAUUCUAACUUCCGACAUGAUGAAAAUA